AUGCAAGCUGAAGCAGGAGGUGAAGACACGAAGAAAGAUCCAGAGUAUAUUCAAUCCAAUCCAAUGGGAUAUUCUUAUUCUUUCCGAGAUUUUGAUAAAAUCAAGCAUGAUGUAUUUUAUUGUCUCUUGCUGGUGAGGGCAAAGAUAGACAAUAAUAAUUCUUCAUAUCCAGUGACAAAUUUUGUUUAUCCCAAUGACCCCCCUCAUAAAGUACGACGUGUUUGUGAGCUUCAAAUUGAUGCGUUUGUGGAUAACAAGCUUGUGAAAGGAGAUGGACUACCUGAAGCACUUGUUCAAGCAAUUGAAGGAUCAUUAAUUUCAUUGAAAAAGGAUGGACAGAUUGUACUACCAGUCUUCUACAAAGUGGAUCCUUCACAUGUGCGAUGUCAGAAGGGGACUUAUGAAGAUGCAUUCGCUAAACAUGAAAUAAAAUAUAGUUUGACCACCAUGCAAACCUGGAGAUCUGCUUUGACAGAGUCUGCAAAUCUAUCAGGAUUUCAUUCAUCAACUUUUCGGGACGAAGCUGAGCUUAUUAAAGAGAUAGUUAAAUACCAUGAUUACUCGGUGGUUGCCGGAUUAGAAAGGUUGAAGAAUAAAUCUCUUAUAAGUGUUUCUCAAGAAAAUGGUGUAUCCAUGCACAACAUUAUACAAGAAACAGCUUGGCAGAUUGCUCGCGAAGAAUCAUUUGAAGAUCCUAGGAGCCAUAUUCGACUAUUGGAUCCUGAGGACAUUUAUCUAGUACUGAAAUACAACAAGGGUGGCGAGGCUAUCAGAAGCAUAGCGAUUAACUUGUCAAGAAUCAAACAACUAGAAUUAAAUCCUCAGCCGACUGAAAAAGCUUUGGCAAAAAGAACCGGUUGGGGCUUACUAGAGUGCAUUCAUCAAUUUUCUCUUGAAAAUCUUGAGAAAUUGGAUCUACGUGGUUGCCUUUCCCUUAGAAGCCUUCGAAGCAGUGUCCAUCUGGACUCCCUUCGUUAUCUCUCCCUCUAUGGAUGCAUGGCACUAAAGGAUUUCUCAGUGACCUCAAAGAACAUGGUAAAGUUGAAUUUAGAGCUCACUCGUAUCAAGCAACUACCUUCAUCUUUUAGACUUCAAACCAAGCUUCAAAAGCUAAGGCAUACAGUUACAUUGACAACUUGCCAACAAGUUUCAAGCAUCUCACAAGGCUGCGACAUCUAG